AUGGACGCUGAAAAUUUGCUCCUCAAGAUCAGAAUUUUUCUUCUUACUUGGCUUCACCUCCGAUCCCAAAAUGGUCCAAUAUCUCUUGUGAAGCACUUCUCAUACAAGGAUAUAAAGAAGGCGACAGAUGGGUUUAGAAGAAUUAUUGAUAACUCUUCAAGAGGGAACUCUUAUAAGGCCAGAUUUGAAAAUGGUGUUGUUGCUACGAUAAAAGAAGUCAAAGGUUUCAAUGAAUGUGAUGAUGCCUCCUUCUAUAGGGAAGUUCAGCUCCUGGGGCGUUUGCACCACCGCCACAUUGUUGCGCUUAGUGGUUUUUCUACUGGACCUAAGCGGUAUCUUGUGUUCGAAAACAUGGAAAGAGGAAGCCUUAAGGAGCAUCUAUCUGAUCCUCUGAAGACUCCCUUGAAUUGGAGAACAAGGCUGCAAAUAGCCAUUGGCAUUGCUGCUGCAUUGGAAUAUCUGCACUUCUUCUGUGAUCCACCAGUGUAUCAUGUCUCUAUAAGUUCAAGCACCAUAAUGUUGGAUGAGAAUUUAACCCCAAAGCUUUCUGAUAUUAGCCUUAUUCGUUCUGCUGGGAAUCAAGUUAUACUUCCUAACUCUUCAAGUUGUAUAAAAGAAUGUACAGGACAGACUUGCAAAAACAUAAUCUUUCAACUCGGUUUGCUAAUUCUCGAGCUGAUUACUGGGCAAUCCUCUGAAAGAAAUGGUGCUGAUUUAGUGCAAUGGGUUCAAGAAACUUACAUUUCAAGGUCCAUGCAUAAGAUAAUGGAUCCAGAUAUUGGAAACAACUAUGAUCAGACAGAGGUUCAUAGUCUUCUAAAUGUUGCAAGAUUGUGCAUAAAAUCCAUGGAUAGACCCAAAAUAUACACCUCUCAGAUAUUAUGGUAUCUCCAGAAGAAGGUGAGAAUGGUACGAGAUAAGCAUUGA